UUAGUUAAACCCAUUCCUUCCAUUUCUUUCUCAUACGAAAUCUUCAUAAUCCAACCAAAAGGGAACCGCUAACUGUGACCAAAUGGGGAUUGGAGAUCAAGUUUCGAACGACGAAGGAGGUUCGUACUUCCCUCUCGCUGCCGCUAGUGGAAGCGGCUGCGCCGAGGUGAACAAUGCCGACAACCAACGACUCAAGCAGCUCGGUUACAAGCAAGAGCUUAGCCGCAGCCUGUCGGCGGUGGCGAACUUCUCGAUGGUGUUUUCGAUCAUUUCGGUAGUUACAGGGCUGACGACGUUGUACGGAACGGGACUGAGGUUCGGUGGUCCGGUGACGAUGGUGUAUGGGUGGUUGAUCGUGGGAGCCAUGACGAUGACGGUGGGCGUAUCGAUGGCUGAGAUUUGUUCUGCGUUUCCGACUGCCGGUGGCCUCUACUUCUGGAGCGCGAGGCUGUGUGGUCGCCAUUGGGGCCCUUUCGCUUGUUGGCUCACCGGCUG